UCCACACUCCACAACAUCAUAUCAUAAAAUCUUUCUCUCUUCUAUCCUCACCCCCCUCUCUCUCUCUCUCUCUCUCCAUCUCCGAUUAGCAAAUCAUCAUGGGCCCGAUGGUUCUGACCCAACUGGCGACCGGCCUGAGCGUGCUGGCGGGAGCGGUGCUGGUGAAAUCGGUGAUGGACCAAAAGCCCAUGGCCGGCCCAUUCCCUCGCUGCCCCACCUGCAACGGGACCGGUCGAGUCACGUGCCUCUGUUCGCGUUGGUCCGACGGCGAUGUGGGCUGCUCCACGUGCUCCGGGUCGGGUCGCAUGGCCUGCUCCAGCUGCGGCGGCAACGGAACCGGAAGACCCUUACCCGCCAGAAUUGCUAUUCGCCCCCCCACCCCCCCCUCUUGAUUUUACUUUUUAACAAUCCAUUAUUAUUGUUAUAAUUAUGUAAUAUAUAUAAAGUCCACCUUCAUCACACUUGUAGCGAACAGAGAGCCCAAUUAAAUCAAAUUAUUAGCUUCUGAACUUGUAAUCUAAUCAUAUGUUACUGUAAUUCUGAUUCUUCAUUUCUUAUACAACCAUACAAUUAAUUUUCCUUAAUUUCUUUUGCUUUUCUUGUUGCUCUACCCGUGCUAGCUAAUCCAACAUCUUCUUGUGGAAUUCACGCACGUGGUUGUAAUGUGAAAUCAUUGCUCUCCUUCACUCACAAUAACAAGUUUUUUUAUUUUUUAUUUU